AUGACAUUCGCAUUGCUUCAGUAAUGACCAUAAGCAAGGGUAUUGCCUGCCUUAGAAGAUGACGUUUGAAUAUUCACGCAAUGGCACAGUACAUACUAGCAUUGCUUGUUUUUCUAACGAUUUGCCGUAUCCAAGCUUCAGCUGGUCCUCUAAAAAACACUAUCCGCAUCGUCAACCUUCAAUCGAACUUGCGUGCAUUAGAACACAGGAAUUUUAGCGGCGGCCGACAGACAGAUGCCCAUUUAUUAAAGAUGAGUUUGAUAUCAAGAAGCAAUUAUAAAGCUAAUGCUGGCCCUGGUGUGCGAUUGCGUGGCAACUCAUUUUCUGGUUCUGAUGAUGGAAAUAGCACGUUUGUGGACCUUGAAGGGAAGAAAGGAGAUAUUUUUUACGAGUCAGCUCCCAAAAAUAGCAUAAAAGAGACGAGAUCAAAAACAAGACCUCGGGAUCACGUUUCUCCAAAACCAGUCCGCAGCGUGAACAGCGUAUCGCAUGUUGGUCAGAAACAGAAAUUGUUGGAAGAAUCUUCGCGACAGGAAACGCAUAUUACCAUGCCGGCAAGACACGUGCAAGUCGAUGACUUGCGAGCGGCGCCUGCGGUGGACGAUGCCUCUGGUGCAACAACUGAACUGCAAUGUUCCAUCGAGAGCGAGAUGGGAGUGAUACUACAUGGCGCUGCAUGCUCUGUUACGACGUCAAAUGAGUGCCGACAGUUUGACGAUGCCCGAGUCUCCAGCGCUACAUGGCUGCGGUCGCUGCACUUCAGCUUCACAUCUCCUGAAAGUCCCCAACCUCUAUCACCCGUUUUAGUUGACAAUCCGGAAUCACUCAAUGAGAAAUCUGGUGUUACUCAUCAGCCGGCUGAGCUUGAUCUGAGUAACAACCACUCAGUUGGACAAACGCAGAGUGGCGCUCUGACUCUCCAUUCGGUUUGGAAUACAAACGCUGCUCUUGUCCUCUGGAUCUCGUUGACGCCGCGCUCCGAGAACCCUACACAGAACAGUUCUAUGUGCUGGCGAGUUCUUUUUAAUCCCACCCCGGGAUGGCCUGAGUCUGUGAUCAGAGUUCAAGGUUUUCCCGUAUGCGAGGGCCGGUACACGGCUAGCGUCACCAGCACAAUGGACCAGAAGGCAGUACUCGCGCGACAAUCCGUCGAUGUCGUGUCUCUGGCUGGGCAACAGAAGGCGAUGGAGGUACGGUUAUUGAGCGAUGAAGAAAUUGAUCUUCCGCGUUUGGACGAUAGCGUUAGACAAUCUAGCUACUUGCGUGAUAGAAAAGUUGAAUUCUUCCACUUCUGGCCCGACGGAGAUAGCGAUGCCUCGACGACUUCGGAUCCUUGGGAGCCGCCCGUUGUUGAGAGACCACGAGUGUCGAAACUCACUCCUUUCGGUAUGCUGAGCUCCAGUUCUUCGGUAAUGAGACCCCCUCGGAUAGCCUCGCUAAUAGAAAGUCAAUCUGGUUACGCAAAAAAUUUCCAGCAAGAAAAUUUGAUUUCAAAAAAUCCGAUUCAGUCUGCAAAACCUGAAAGUUGGUUGCUGUUUUCCGGCCAAAAUAAUAAUGGAUCAUCAAUCUGGACAAAACCCCAAAAAAAGUUGAGUCGGGCCAAAAGAUCCACCAUCUGUCGGGAAUGCGUGAGGUAUAUGAAGCUGGAUCACGACUAUGACACCAGCACCGCAAUAUUCCUCCUAAAGAUGAGCUUCAACUGCACUUCUGCUAACUGCUGUCGCGGUUGCUCGGGCUCGGUGAUCAUGCAGCUCUACCAAGAGAGCAUUGAUGCUGAGAGCUGUGAGGCGCUGGCCAUCAACAUGCAGACACUCAGCAACCUCUACCCUGUCGCGAAUGCCGGCUACAUCAGCGCUGACUCGCCGUACUCACUGAAGCUCUCGACGGGCUGCUACCUCGCCACGCUCGAUCUUGGCGAGAAGGCCAUGCUCGGCUUCUCCUGGUUUCAGCCCGACACCGAGCCUCCUGACCUCAAUGCUUGGAAUACUACCUUCUUUUUACAGCCAAAACCACACUUAAGUGAGGUGGAAGUACGGUGGACACAGCCGCGAUACCCUCAGAACUUCUCACGGUACUCGCUGCAAUUAUGGUACCAGGCCGACCGCCCCCUCAACUGCAGCGGCUACCACACUGACACCGGCGACUUACUUCAGGUCCAUCCCACGCCCAGCCUUCCUCUCGACGAGCCAGUAGGCGUGUUCCAGGACCUCCUGCCAGGGUGGUACUGCGCGCGCGUCACGCCUAUGGACGCGCGCUGUCCCAGAGACGGUUGUGCCGUCAGGGCCUCGCACGCCGUCCAUCUCGAUGCUCCCUCAGCACUGUUGUCGACCAACGCUGGUUCUGAUGUCAACACUACGAUGCCUGCCUCAAUUGCAGCCUUCGCUGCAGUUGCUGCAAUCCUCCUGUUGCUGUUGCUUAUCGUCUUUGCCGUCGUGAUGAGGGCGAAGCUGCGCUUCAAGAACAUGCCAACCUCACGCGGGCGGCAUUAUCAUAAGGUGUCUCUGUCACCGCCUGAAGACCGGCCGUGCGUGCUGCUGGUGUGGACGCGGCGCGGCGACACAAGAGCUCUGCAUGGAGCGGCCGUCGCGACGUUCAAACGGCUCCUUUCCUCACGCUUUGCUGUAUGGGACUACUUAGACCUGCUAUCGUUACCACCUUUAGAGAGAGAGGGAAUCCUCGAGAACCCUGCAGGCUGGCUCUACACCGCCGUUCACAACCCAAAUAUCAAGGUAUUGAUAGUGAGCAGUAAAGGUGCAGAGCUGUGGCAGGAGGCUGUUCAGAGAGGUGACAGUACAAAUGCAACUCUUCAGGAUGCAGCUUCUCCUCUCGACGCACAGUUGUUUUCAUACUUACUGCAGCUGCUACUUCACGACCCUUCCCUAAUGGCAGAUUACUCUAAAGUAUUUGUUGCCAGUUUCGAGGACGACGACAGUGACGGUGGCGAGUCCCUAAGUGGCCUGGUGCACGGUCUGCGCUACCGACUGCCUGACCACCUCAUGCUCCUCACGCGUGCGAUGCUCGGAAUUCCUGCGAUGCUAAACGAUGAGACCUCCGACGCUGUCGACUACCCUACUUCACUUUUACAAGAAUUCAGAGCAUCUUUGCAACGCCUGCGAGAACACGACACUUCACGGCUAACCGUACCUGAUAGUACCUACUUAAAAACUUCAAUUAUUCCUCCAAAGUCAUGCUCCUCAAAAUCUGAUCUCAACUCGGCGCUUUACAGUUCCCAGGAAGCUUCUACUUUGUUACCUAACCAGGUUCCCGUUCCGUCAAAUGAUACAGAGAUUCUUUCGUCAGCCAACUGCGACAAAACGCUCCCUAACGGUUGAUAAGAUACUAGAAAAAUUAAGCGACACUUCGCAGCGUGUCAAUGAACGCGGAUCGUUGACAGCAUGAUUGUCCAGUCCAGUCAUUUGUACAGUACUAUAGGGCAGUUAUUUAUGUUGCCGUUUUGACUUAAGUGUAUUCUGGAGAUUUUUGUAUCAUACAUGUACAUAUUAAAAUCAUAUUGCGACAUACUUAUAAACGAGAUUGUUUUCAAUGCAACGUUUUGAGAAAGAUAGAGAUAUUUCAAUCGAUAUCUCGAGUAUCAUUUUUAACGUAGAUAUGGCCGACGAAUAUGAAAGAAUAAGUACAUAACUGAGUACAUCACGCGCCCUAAGUGUAAACAAGUCCUUGCUAGUUUCCUUCAUUCUUAAAAUUCUCGAAUAUCGAUCCUAUUACGUGACCAAUUAUAAUCUUUGUCUCGCCAAUUGGAGUGGCAAAUGUUGAGUGUUUUCGUAUUUUUUGUACAAUUAUUAAGUUAAGUAAAAACGCAUUGCUUUGAUUUUGGCAUCAAGCAAGCGAUGUAAGAAUAAGUUCAAGUUGAUUAAAUUAUUUGGCGAAAAUUUCCCA